AGUCAGCUCACACUCGGAGAACGAGCAGACCUGCAAGCAUGGCUCCUGCUGUUUAUGGAGCGAGUCACUUCUCCAAGGAGACUUCAACUCACAAGCAGAGAAAGCCAAUGGUGGAGAAGCUGCGACGAGACCGCAUCAACACCAGCAUCGAGCAACUCAAGUCCCUGCUGGGGCCCGAGUUCCUCCGACAGCAGCCCGACUCCAAGCAGGAGAAGGCCGACAUCCUGGAGAUGGCCGUGUGCUACCUGAGGAGCUGGCAGCAGCAACGGCGGCCCGCCCUCUCCUCGGCUUCCUCCUCCUCCAACGGCUACGCGCACUGCGUUCACCAGGCCGUCAGCUUCCUGUCCCACUGCAAAAUCCAGAGCUCCGCCCAGAGGCGGCUGCUGGGACAUUUCCAAGACUUGCAGGUGUCCGACGGGAACUACAGGGGAGCUCAAAGCACCUUGUCACCCCCGGCCUCACCCAUCAGCUCCGGUAAAGGUGCUGGCCUGUCCGGUCCGGCUCUGUGGAGGCCCUGGUAGACACCGAAGGAGGACUGCAAACCACAAGUUAUAUCGACUCUGUGAAGUCGAGUUCUUUUGGGUCACCGUGUGGUCAAAUGGCCGCCGUGUGCCAGUAUUCCUUUGGGAGGAUUUGAUGAGGUUCAAGUUUUACUGAACGACAUUUAUGGUUACCAUGUGACCGUGUGUAUUGGCUGUGACAUCACACCCAAGUUGAGUUCCGAUUCAUCCAAGAAUUGUCUUUGAUACCGUGUAUCGCUUAAGUGUCUUACAAUGAAUCCUAUGGAUUGAUUUGCGCUGUAAAUCCUGUUUUGAUUGAACACUAUACUGUCACUGUGUGUAUCCUCAUGUCUGACACCACAUUUUCGUGGGCGUGUCAAUUGUAUUGUUCAAAAUGGACGUCAUGUUCUACUUAGAAUGCCUUUUGAAAAGGAAUGAUGUGUGCUUCCCUGAGAAGAAAAUAAAAAAAGGCUUCAGAUGAAGUUUUGCAAAUCUUA